AUGUCAAAGAAAGUAAAGUGCUAUGAACAGAUAGGGCAGUAUCUCAAGUUGCUAGAAACUGACCCUAAUUGUGACCAGGAUGUUGAAAAUUCAGAUGAUAAAAUAUCAGAUGUUGCCCUGGUAGUAGCUGCCCUGCUGUUGCAGAAGUCUGGUAAAAACGACCUAAGCAGCAUCAUCCAGUUCAUCCCAGAAGGUUCGAAUUUUGAAAAGGCUGCCAGUGAAACGCAAGAGAUGCAUCCAAAGAUAUUGGUCAAGGGAAGCAUUGAGGACAUUGGGGAAAAGGCUGUCGUAGCGGAGAGGAUAGUGGAUUAG